CGCAAGAGGAGUGAGUGUCGCGCAUGCGCAUUGACUGACAUACCGGCAACGGCUGUUCAACAGUGGCCUAGCGAAUACAGGGGAUUACAAGCCCAAUCUGACAGGCUGCACCAUGAGUCAGGGUAAGGACAAUGCAAGACUUAAGAGCUACAAGAACAAGUCUCUUAACACAGAUGAGAUGAGAAGGAGGAGGGAAGAGGAAGGUCUGCAGCUCCGCAAGCAGAAGAAAGAUGAACAACUUUUUAAAAGGAGAAAUGUUGCCACUGUGGAGGAUGACGGCACUCUGGAGGAUGAUGGAAUGGCAGACAGCGGCUACCUGGAAUCACAGGCCAACAACCUGGACCCACUCAUGUGUGGAGUCAUCUCUGAAGACAUGAUCCAGAUGAUCUUCUCCAGUUCUCCGGAGCAGCAGCUAAUAGGCACUCAGCGCUUUAGGAAACUUCUUUCUAAAGAACCAAACCCACCCAUUGAUGAAGUUAUUGCUACUCCAGGGGUGGUGGAGCGCUUUGUUGAGUUUCUGAAGAGAAGAGAAAACUGCACAUUGCAGUUUGAGGCUGCAUGGGUCCUGACCAACAUUGCUUCAGGUACAUCCCAUCAGACACGUGUCGUAAUCCAGGCAGGCGCCGUGCCAAUAUUUAUUGAGAUGCUCUGCUCAGACUUUGAAGAUGUACAGGAACAGGCAGUAUGGGCCUUGGGAAACAUAGCAGGAGACAGCACAGAAUGCAGAGACUUUGUCAUAGACUGUAACAUUCUGCCCUCCCUGCUGCAGUUGUUGGCGAAACAAAACCGUCUAACAAUGAUGAGGAAUGCCGUGUGGGCACUAUCGAACCUGUGCAGAGGAAAGAACCCACCUCCAGACUUUGCUAAGGUGUCUCCGUGUCUCAGCGUGCUUUCCUGGCUGCUCUUUGUUAACGACACAGACAUACUAGCUGAUGCAUGCUGGGCGCUCUCCUACCUUUCUGAUGGCCCUAAUGACAAGAUCCAGGCUGUCAUUGACUCAGGAGUCUGUCGGAGGCUAGUCGAACUGCUGAUGCACUCUGAUUAUAAGGUGGUAUCUCCUGCACUGAGAGCCGUUGGAAACAUAGUCACUGGAGAUGAUCUGCAGACGCAAGUGAUUCUGAACUGUUCAGCACUGCAGUCUUUACUUCACCUUCUGAGCAGCCCUAAGGAGUCUAUUAAGAAGGAAGCUUGUUGGACGAUUUCCAACAUUACUGCUGGAAAUCGACCACAAAUUCAGAUGGUGAUAGAUGCAGACCUGAUGCCACCUCUCAUCAGUAUUCUGCAGGUAGCAGAGUUUCGCACAAGAAAGGAGGCAGCAUGGGCCAUUACCAAUGCCACCUCUGGGGGCUCUGGAGAGCAGAUUAGGCAUCUUGUGGAACUUGGCUGUAUAAAACCUCUGUGCGAUUUGCUCACAUUGAUGGAUUCCAAAAUAGUCCAAGUGGCUCUAAAUGGUCUAGAAAACAUCCUGCGACUGGGAGAGCUGGAGGCCAAAAGAGGAGGCGGCAUAAACCCUUACUGCGCUCUCAUUGAAGAGGCCUAUGGUCUGGACAAACUGGAGUUCCUGCAGGGCCACGAGAACCAGGAAAUCUACCAGAAAGCCUUCGAUCUGAUCGAGCGCUACUUCAGCACCGAAGAUGAGGACCCAUCGCUGGCUCCAGCCGUUGACUUGCAGCAGGGGCAGUUCCUCUUCCAGCAAUGCGAGGCUCCGAUGGAAGGCUUCCAGCUAUAAUGCUAAAUAAAUUCUCCUAAGCUGCAGCUUCAUUUCACCUUUGCUCACGUCUCUCAGUCUCUGCCCACAGCCAGAUCCAGGGUAACAAGCAGCCCCUCUCCCCCCGUUUCCCAGAGAGAUGGACUGAAUCAUUAUCUCGAUCAUUUUACUACUCUGUAACGUUACAGAAGCACACAUGCAACCAACAUGGGUCAGUUUCCAAAAUGCGUCAGCCAGUUUAUAAAGGUUUACUUUUUUUUUCUCCAUUGUUGUUGACUUCUUAAUCUCCUGACCAGAGCUUCAGCUGGCUUUGGGUUUUCCUCCACUCCUCAUCACAAAGAAAAAUGUCAUCCUCCUUGUUACCAUAGGAUUGGCAAGCACUCUCUCAGCCAUUGGGAGAAUUGGGACUGUCCUGCUUGCCUGAAGCAUUAAUGACUUGGAAGAUGGACAACUUGAUCCGGUCCUCAACCCCCUCUGAAUAUUCCCUCCUAAACAAAUAGACUGCAACCUAAACACUGGACUGACCUUCGAGACAUGGACCCCAUGUUUGUGUUCGUCACGUGGACCGACCGCUAAGAAAGGCACUUAAUUUAAAGAAGGAUGGGUUUGUUCGCUCUGCGUGUCUCAGAAACCACAUAUAGACUAGAAAGUUGACUUUAUCGCUAUGCGGUGGAUUGCUUACAUUCCCACCCUGAUCUCAUAUCAUUCCUUCCUACCAGUAUUGGGACUUCUCCACAUGCACUGGCUCCACCUUUUUAGAGUUGAAACUGCCGCCUCUGUCGUGACCCGAUUUAAGCCCCAUGGAACCAUGGGAAUCCGAAUCUUCCCUCGCACUGAGACAAUUCGACGAAACAAAACGGACUGUUUAAUCUUGGAUUCUGUCCAGCAGCAGGCCAGCGGGAUUUUAUAUAUAUAUUUUUUUGUGUUCAUUUAUUAAAACAUCUUUUUCUUUUCAUUUGCAGCACUUUAGUUCUGGACUGAUGCCUGUUCAUCGACGGUAGUUAUGUUUCCUAUUUAAGUUGGUUGAUGAUAUGGCUCUUCCCUCCUCAGGAAGCCAGAUAUAAAGAGGCCAGGCCUGAUUACACUGUUUUACCCUUCUUAAUAAGGGGAUCUCAAGCAGAUUGUGGACUGAAACUGUCAGAAAACUCAUGUCAAAAUCAGCAAAUCUAAAACAACUCCUCAUUUGGUGAAUUGGCUGUUUUAACCUGUGAGCAGGCUAACAUAUAUCGAGGUAAAUGUUUCCUGUUUGAUCACGCCAAAUCAAGGAUUGUAACAUCUUGAGGUAUUUAGGUCGGUCUCUUAUUUCUUAGAAAUUGGGAGUUAGCAUCUUUAGUUGAUGGUGCCAUAAUCCCUAAUAUAUAGAAAUCCUUCCAGAAGAUUUCAAGCAGAAAAAAAUCCAGAUUAAACUUGAAAAUCCUGGUGAUCAUAGUAGUUAGCACAACUGAAUGUUUGUUUACCAAGUAGUCUCCUCACGUUGCUUAAUUUUGUCAAAACAAUCUCUGCAAGAGAUGACCAGCUCUUUGUGUUCAUUACUGUUUGUUGUACUGAGUUUGUGCAUCUGUUCUGUUCUUCCAUUUGCAUAAAAGCCAUUUCAG